AUGAUCACUCUUGAAGUUAAAGUAGCAUCUGUAAUGUUCCUGUUGAGAAUGCCUCAUUUCUUACAUGCAUUUUCCCAAGUUGGUAAGUAAAUUAGACUUUAAAUGCUAGUUAGCUCGGCCUCAGAAUCAUAAGUAGUAUGGUCUGACGGGGAGGAAACUUAAGGACCGUAGUAGACUGGCAAGUGUUCGCUUGACAUGUUCGACUUGUAAUUUUUUUUCUUCAUUUUUUUUCCGAAUCGUAAUUCAUGAUCACGUCAGCAGGGCAAAGCAAACAUUCAUGUUAAUUGUAAAUGUUGAUAUCUUGGUUUAAAUUAACAACAGUUUUGAUGAGUAUACAUUUGGCUUUUUAUUUAGGCUAGCCCUCUUAAAGAAUUCGAGAUCUAUUACUUAAAUAAACAUCGAACUAUUUAUAUCCUUGAUUGCGCCACUUUUUCCACACAAGUUAUUACACAUAGGAAGCAAAGCUAAUAUUCAGGGCCCAGUUGUUCGAAGGCUUGUUAGCGCUGACCCAAGAUUAAAUUGAAAUCUGAGUUUCUUCAUUCCUUUAUUCAAGAGCAUUUUUGGGAUAAUUUCUUGUGUUCUUUUUAGAGCAUCAAAUAGUCGUAUUCUAGUUAAAAAGAAUUCUGCUGAGUCUUGUUUUAAAGCUGUCAGAUCUGAAAUCAGAUUUCACACUAACCCUGGAAUAUCUUAAGCCAGCUUUAAACAACCCGGACCAGCUCUUUAUCCGAGUUUUUGUAAAUUCAUCGCCGCAUUUACUCGUUUAAAUUUCAGUGUUUUUUUGGCAACAGGAAGUUUUAGAAGUUCGAUCCAAGUAAAGCUCAAACGGUUCAUACACAUUUUUUUUUGUGUAGCGUGUUGAAAUUUCAGUGGUAGUCACAAAAUUGAUGUUUGGAAGUAACUAAUGAUCAAAAUUACAGUUUGAGGUUAAUAAUUAAUGGGCAAGAUCAAACUACCACUCACUCAAGAAAUUUCCUACGCAAUUUGAAGAAAAAAUUUUUCAUAAUGUUCGAAUAUAAGUGUUUCGUUUGUUAUCCCACUAUUAUGUAAUCUUUCCAUACCAUCGUAACAGAACUUGCAAAAUAUAAACACCUUAUUUAUUCGAUGUUUAACAUGUAAUAUGCUGUAUUACCUCGAAUAAGCACCCAAGCUCGAAUAAGCUUCCUUCCCCGAAUAAGCGCCCAUUCUCUGAGCCAAAAUUUCAACUUUUGAUGAACGCAUCCCCCCCAAUAAGCACUCUUUAGUUAGCCUUUAACUACAGCGGAGUCAGCACAGAAAAAAUUGUUUCUUUGCUGUUUUCUUUCUUCUACAUAUUUGUAUCUCCAUGUGCUUGCCGAGUUCCUCUAUGUGCUUAAUCUGUUGUUUUAAUUUUUGUCCUGCUGCUGUGCUCUUGGUAAUGCCGUAAACUUCCCUGGCAUGACCAGACCAUUCUAUAGCCUUCGAUGACCAAUAAUGUAUAGGAUAAUAGAGUUAUUGGAAUGCAUUUGAAGAAAACAGUUGAUAAGGAAUGAUAGGUCGGUUAGAUUAUGACCAACAAGCUUUAACCAAUCAGCACCAUGAACAUGCUUGACUUUGUGAGUUCCAAUUACAUUUUCCUCAUACUUCUUGGCUUAUUCCCUGUCGUCUUUUUUAGCAAAUAAGAGAGUCUUUCUCUUCUGUUUAAACAAACGAAAGAUGUAAAAAUUUACUUUACGUCCACGUAGCUAAUGUUGUAGUUUUUGUUUUUUUAAUUUAAGAUAAAGCCAAAAUAAAGUUACAACCCGUUGAAAUGAAUACUUACUGGCACCCCUCUCAAUUAAGCGCUCUCCCUCCUCCCUUUUGGCCGAAAUUCUAGACUAGACCGAGUGAAAUGCGAGCGAUGGGCAAAAUAUCCUGGCAUAUUACAUGUUAAACCAUUAAUUAAGAUGUAUCAUAUGCACGUAAGUGAUCUGCUUCUUCAUGCAUUUAUUAACCCCUAUUUAUUCAGUUUGAACAAAAUUUAGUUAAGUCCUACUCCAGAGUAUCCGAGAAAAUUUACUUCCCUAAAAAUCUUCUUUCCGCUUUUUUUUCCGUCUUUUUUUUAUCUCAAACAGGCAACGACUGCUCCAGCUUCCCUUCAGUAAUCAGUUUCAGUAAACUAGUUACUGAUCACGUGCUUGAGGGCCGCGUCAUAUCAACUAUCCACGUGACAAGUGAUCAAGAAUGUCAAAUGAAAUGUAUCUUGAGUGAAAUAUGUGACAGCUUCAAUCUUGGGCCACAAACUGCCUCCAGACUUUAUCCCUGUGAAAUACUAGAUCAGCGAUCGAGCAGAAAUGUGAUUAAGAGGGAACAGUGGAAAUUCCGGGCGGGAUGGGUGAGUGGAUAAUUCUUUGCAGAUAUUGAGUUGAGUCGUUGCAAUUGUUUUAUUAUCAAUUGCAAUAUUUUUUUUUUUUAAUUUGUAGUGCCGGACCUCUCCGUGUCUGAAUGGUGGUACAUGUUUUGUCGUAAACGAUCGACCACUCUGCGUCUGCGCAAAGUUUUGGGAGGGUGCUACUUGCAACGUGCCUCAACAUAGUAAGUUCUUACAAUUUUUUUGUCAAUGAACAAAUGAUGGUCUCAACAAAAAAAAUUAUGCUUCCCUUAAUGAAUCUCAUCUGCCUCUGCACACAGGCGAUGAGUGAUUCCCAAGACUUAACGAGUGAUUUAAUAAUUCUGAGAAGAAUGUAAAUGAUAAAAUUGCGCGCUUCUGAUUGGCUGAAAACGAGUGCAUUCUCAUUUAACGCGAGUGCAAAGUUACAACACGAGUGAAAAGUUGUAACACGAUUGCAAAAUUACAAAUAGCCGCGCAAGCUUUCAAAAUUUCGUCUUCCUUGACUUUUUGUGAUGUUUUUUCAUGUACAUCAUUAAAAAAGUGAUGACAUAAUUUCUCUUGAAAUUUGGUAUAAUAAGCACUUUUUCAAAGGCUAAAAAUUGCACUUGCCCUACAGGCUCGUGCAAUUUUGUUGUCUUUGAAAAUUUUCGUGCUUAUCAACACCAAAUUGCGCUCGAAAUCACAUUAUAACCCAUACUUUACUAAUAUUAUUACAAACAGAAGUUUAUGACCUAGACUAGAUUAUAAAGUCAGGUACCAAAUGUUGUAAGAAAAAAAAAGGAAUAAGUAAAAAAAACUCUAACCUGUUACUACUCUUCAUUCUUUUAAGAAACAUCUUGCAGUGAAUGGAAGGCUUUAAAACCUUUAUCUGUGAGCGGGUUUUAUUUCAUCUCUCCUGGCUAUCAAAGAGGGUUGACACCUUUCUUAGUGUACUGUGACAUGACUGACAAAAAUGGAGUUGGCGUGACUGUUAUCGGUCACGAUAGCGAGAAGAGAACCCUUGUAAACGGUUGUGACCCUCAUGGAUGCUAUUCACGGGAUGUGCACUAUCUAAAUGCCAGUCUGCUACAGUUGUCAAGCCUCGCUGCUUUGUCAAGCCAUUGUGAACAAUUUAUCAAAUAUGAGUGUGUUGAUUCCAGCUUGCUUCUUCGGGGCUGGUGGGUGUCACACAAUGGUAUCAAGAUGAAUUACUGGGGUGGGGCAGCUCCAGGAAGUGGUAAAUGUGCAUGCGGAACGAAUAAGACUUGUUACGAUUCGACAAAGCCGUGCAAUUGUAACGCAAAUAUACCAGACGUAAUAUUAGAGGACAGCGGCUUGUUAACAGACAAGUCAGCUCUUCCUGUGAGUCAGUUGAGGUUCGGCGACACAGGCGAUUCGGGUGAACAAGGAUGGCACACUCUCGGAAAGCUCUACUGUUACGGAGUCUCUUAACUAAUCAAAAAAGGAAAACAUAUCUUCCCACGUUCAGAUUUUUUAAACAAACUUGAAGCUCCUCAAGAACUGAGACAACAUUAUGGAUUCCAAAGUCUCUACGCACGUGGCUUAUAUCCAUCUUAUAUGAGCAGCCCGCUGACACGAUAAUUAAUCCCUCGUGUGUGAUUUUUCCCAUGAAUUGUUGUGAUGUCAGCCGCCAUCAAAUCUGACCAAUCAGUGCGUAUAACAGAAAGACUUAAGCUGAAGGAGUAUAACAGCAGCUCUUUCUUACUGCUAUUAUUUCAUUAAGUGAACAGAUUCCUUUAGUCUUUUUAGCGAUAGAUUACAGAGGACGACAAUGUGCUGCACCUCCCCCUGUGCGCAACUUUUUGCCUCUUACCACAAUUUGACGUCAUCUGUUAUCUAUGACUGUACAGAUGUACGGCAACUUGCAAUCGGUUUGUUGAAAAAUUUACCUAUUGCCGUCUUUUCAUUUUUCUAAGAAUCAUCCUGCAGUGAAUGGAAGGCUCCUAACUCCUCAGCUCUUAGCGGUGUGUAUAUUAUCGCUCCUGGGCAUCAAAGUGGAGUUACACCUUUCUCGGUUUAAUGUAACUCGACAGACAAGGAUGGAAUUAGCGCGACAGUUGGAAGUCAUGACAGCGAUAAGAAAACCAGUGUUAAAGGGUGUGAUGAUCUGGGGAGUUAUUCACGUGAUGUGCACUAUCUAAAUGCCAUGUCUGCUGCAGUUGGGAAGCCUCGCUGCCAUGUCAAAUUAUUGUAAGCAUUUUGUUACAUAUGAGUGUAAUGGCUCUAGAUUGUUUGGUUAGGGCUGGUGGGUGUCACGUAACCGCACAAAGAUGAACUACUCGGGGCAUGCGAAAUGA